CUUUCGUGUGUGCAUCACCCUUCUCCAGAAUUUUGACCAUGCCUCGCUGGCACGUUAUUGGUAGAGUGAUGGCGGUCGCCGUCGGCUUUGAGGCAACGUCAAGUGGUGCGUUUUCGGUCGCACCCCGGAGGCGUUCGUCCCCACGAUCCUUCCCGUUGGCGGUACGGCCGUCGUCGACCACCGCGGCAUCCUUGCCGCAGACGACGCCGUUGCCGAAACACACGUUUGCCGGUAUGGUGGAACACGGAAUCCGCGAGCGCUUCGGAGACCAUGCCGAUCGCGUGAUUGAGUCCUGGAGACUUCUAGACCAGGACUACGAACACCAAGAAUUCGUCGGCUCCGGCGAUCCAGAAACGAGCAAUUGCCACCAGUGGGCGCAUUCCUACGUCCCGGGCUUGUCCAUCCAAGAGUUUUGGGAUACUGCGGAGUUUGGCUGGUGCCAAAGGCUCGAAUCCAAGUACAAGGCAAUCCGCAAGGAGUUUCUCGCCGUCACGGCGGACAUGGAACGGCUGACUAGGGAAGGCAACAACGUUUGGGCCGGUGCCUUGACGGAGGACGCAUCAAGCUACGGGGAAGGUUGGAAAACGUUGGUGCUGAUGAACCGGGGAAGAUGGGAUCCAGUCAACGUUAACCUCUUUCCCGUCACGUCGCAAGCAAUUCAUGAUUGUCAUGUUCCGGCCGCCGAAGUCUUUUUCGCCAGCAUGAAGCCCAACUCGGCCAUCCAAAGGCAUUCCGAUUUUACCAACUUUGUUUUGACCAGCCAUUUGGCUUUGGACAUACCGUACUCGGGCCAGAAUAAAUGUCGCUUAACGAUUGGGGAUACAACCCGCGAGUGGAUCAACGGACAAGUAUCCAUGUUCGACACGUCGCUCAUGCACGACGCGGUGAACGAGGCCGAUCAAACGCGAUACAUUCUCAUGAUGCGCGUAUGGCAUCCCGACCUGACCGAGGCCGAACGGAACGCUCUACAGUUCACCUUUGAUUGCUUGGAAACACCCGAGCUAGUGAGCGAGGAUCCCGGCCAGCGAUUCCUGGCGGAGCGGGAAGUGCAAGCCUCCCGAUCCUUUCCCCAAAUAAAGCGCGACGUUAGCCGCGUUGUAGGCUUUGGCGGCAAGGCGAAAGGAGGAGCAAAAAAGAAUAAGGCAAAAGCUAGCACUGGAGGAGGUCGUGGAUUCAGUUGAUAUUAUAGUUUUACCGAUAGUCCUAUAAUCGAUUCAGAAUCUA